UUACGAGCCAAACCACCGCCGCCGCCGCCACCACAGUCACCGAAAAAAUCGGUAGUCUUCGACGCGAAUUUGCUGCAGCACGAAUCCAACAUACCGCCGCAGUUCAUAUGGCCCGAUCACGAGAAACCCAGCCCAAACCCUAAAGAGCUGCACGUGCCGCUCAUAGACCUCGGCGGGUUUCUCUCCGGCGACCCCGCCGCCUCCCUCCGCGCGUCGGACCUCGUCGGAAAAGCCUGCAGAAAGCACGGCUUCUUCCUGGUGGUCAACCACGGCGUCGACGCCGGCCUCAUCUCCGACGCCCACCGCUACAUGGACCAUUUCUUCGAGCAGCCCCUCCACCAGAAGCAAAAAGCUCAGCGGAAACUCGGCGAGCACUGCGGCUACGCCAGCAGCUUCACCGGAAGAUUCUCCUCCAAGCUCCCGUGGAAGGAAACCCUCUCCUUCGAGUACUCGCCGGAAAAUAGCUCGUCUCGCAUUGUCGAAGACUACUUCAACAGAACCCUAGGAGAAGAUUUCUCACACUUAGGGAAAGUGUACGAAGAAUAUUCGAGUUCGAUGAGCAAACUGUCACUAGGCAUCAUGGAACUAUUGGCGAUGAGCCUGGGUGUGAACAGAAACCAUUUCAAAGAUUUCUUCGAAGGAAACGAAUCGAUAAUGAGAUUGAAUUAUUACCCACCAUGUAAAAAACCGGAUCAAGCACUAGGAACCGGACCACACUGUGACCCGACAUCACUAACAAUCCUCCACCAAGACACCGUUGGUGGACUCCAAGUGUUCGUCGACAACGAAUGGCGCUCCAUCACUCCCAACGUCAAUGCUUUUGUUGUCAACAUUGGAGACACAUUCAUGGCGCUUUCGAAUGGGAGGUACAAAAGCUGUUUGCACAGGGCGGUGGUGAACAGGACGAGUACUAGGAAAUCGCUAGCGUUUUUUCUGUGUCCGAAGAAGGAUAAGGUGGUGAGCCCACCGCAAGAACUCGUGGACUCGAAUAACCCUAGAAUAUAUCCCGAUUUCAGUUGGCCCAAUUUGCUCGAGUUUACGCAGAAACACUACAGAGCUGAUAUGAACACUCUCAACACUUUCUCCGAAUGGAUCAUCAAACAACAACAACAACAGAAAACAUCUGAAGCAGUCAUGUGAUCAUCGAUCGAUUGCAGCUGAUCGAUCGAUCGAUCGAUCAUUAAUCCCAUGUUGUCGUCUUUAAUUCGUUUUUAGUUUUAAUUAAUAUGCAUGUCCUAAAUAUGAAUACUAGUUUAGUAGUUAAACAAGAAAUGAUGGGAUUGGAGAAUUAAUUCCUAAGGUGAAAGAUUUGGAGAAGGAGGGGAUGUGGUUUUAAUUGCUUUUAACCAAUCGAAUUAAUUAGACAGGGAUAAUAAUAUUGUGUAUAAAUGAAUAAGUACUUGUAUUUCUUAUUAAGUUAUAAUGAGGGCAAUUUUGUAAUUCCGUCCAUAUAUUUAAGUAGAAAUGUUUUUUUUUUU